ACGUUGUCCCGGUGAUUUUUGGCGGACACAGGACGUCCGAAAGUCCAUGUCCGGGACUGUGUCCGCAGGACAGUUGGGACAUGGACCGAUAUUAGAUAUCUUUUGGCCAGAAUUAACAAGAGAUAUGGCCAGCAUUAAUGCGUACAAAAAGUCCCAGACAUAA